AUGUGGGCACGCGUCUCCCUUCUUCUUGCCGCAUCGAUUUGCAUUGGCUUAGGUACUUUUGUUACUUUUUACCAAAACUACAAACUCACCGAACUAAAAACUAACUCAAGCUCAUUCAAACUCACCGACGACCCUAUAACUAGCCCGAUAAUUGUUCCAGUGCUUUUCAAAGGUAUAUUAGACUAAAUUGACAUAGACAAUGAGACAUUUUCUGUUCUUGUGAAAUAAGUUCCAUUCAGGAGAGAAAGGAUAUUUGCUCCCGUCCUGCCAAUUGCCACUGCAUCACGGAGUUCAAAAGUGCACAAAUAGUUCGUCGUUGCGAGUGAGUUCGUUUGUCAAAUACGGGUAAAUAAUGAAAAAAUGUCUUCAGUUCUACAUGGACGCUGAUCUGGAAACGUGUUUGGCAUUCAAGUACUCCGGCUGCGGCGGCAACUCGAACAAUUUUGAGACGUACGGCGAAUGUGUUCGCUGCUUUGCCAGUCAGUUUUCUUUUUAUUCGGCUCUAAUUGCAAUUGAAAUUUUCUACUUCCAGUGGACUACAAUGGAUGUGCGGUUGGAUCGAAAUCUGUUCCGAACACUGACAACUCCACGACGUGCGCCACAAUGGAAAAUGAGAAGUGCACUGGGCCUAACACGUAUUGCGAUCGUGGCGCAUGGUUCGGAAUUUGUUGCGACAAGACCAUCAGAGGUACGUGCCACGUCAUGUUGUCAUCGGACAAUAACAAUAUUUCGCCGGGAAAACAGACAACAGAAACUGCUUCUGUUUAGUUUCGUUUUGUUCGCAUUCACCCUCAACCAGUCAGUGUUCUUUCAGAUAAGGCGAACGCUGAUCACAACAAGAAAGAGGGAUGUGGACCGGGUUUGAAGAAGGUCGAAUACCCAACCGGAAGCUACAAUGUCUCUCUGCUCGGAAAAUCUUGCGGCUCGAACUUUUGCCCGCAAAAGUCCACGUGCCAUCAGGGCAACUAUUUCGCUUACUGCUGCUCCGCAUAA